GAGAGAGAGAGUGUGAGUGAGUGAGUGUAUGAGUGCGAGUGUGUGUGUGAGAGAGAUUUCCCCAUAACGAAAACAACUCGGGAUUGUGUUGUGUUUAUUUCGUGUCUUAAAAGUACAAGAGUGAAGCCGAGCGCAGCGUCUACCUCUUCUUCCCUUACGCCAUGGCCUCCAAACCUCAUCCUCCGCUCAUGAAGAAGCACAGUCAGACCGAUUUAGUGAGCCGCCUCAAGACCCGCAAAAUCCUAGGCGUCGGAGGAGAGGACGAUGAUGGAGAAGUGCACAGAUCAAAGAUCAGUCAGAUGCUGGGCAACGAAAUCAAGUUUGCCGUACGAGAACCCACAGGUCUCAGACUCUGGAUUUUCAUCUCCGCCGUUCUGUUCACAGCUACAGCUUUAGUGGCUCUGGCUUUCCCCAGUCAGCUCUACGAGAUCGUCUUUGAGCUCGCCACCACCAGGAUCUCCAUCAGACUCUACGGAGGAGCUCUUCUGAGUAUCUCGUUAAUUCUGUGGAACGGCCUCUACACAGCAGAGAAAGUCAUCAUACAGUGGACUCUGCUCACCGAAGCGUGCUACUUGGGCGUACAGUUCCUAGUGACGUCCGUCUCGCUCCUGGAGAUGGGGACGCUGUCCAACGGAGCCGCUCUCCUCCUCCUCAGCGACGCCGUCUUCCUCCUCAUCACCCUGUCGUUCUACGGUCAGCUCAGCCGUCGGCCCAAGAAGAUCUGAGGCGCAUCACGUGUGUGUGUGUGUGGGUGUGUGUGUGAGAGAAUAAUGAGAGUAUAAUACUGAGUGCACAUUACAGGAUUUGUCUGUCAUGACAUGUUUACAAGAUCAGUGACUCAGGUCACAUGGGCAGGCGGAGGCAUUGUGUGUGUGUUGGGUUUUUUUGUUAUUACACGAUUAAUCUUCAUAUUUAUUGCAUCUACGGGAACAUUAGGAACAUUUUCAGCUUGGACGCUCAGCACUUAGCAUCACAUUUCCUCCUGAUUAAUGCGCUCAACACCUCGCCACACAAUUUGGCUUCAGUUUUUUCAGACCGAGCAAUAUGGUGGAACUUUAUCAUAAAUGUAUAUAUACUGUAUAUGAGGGCGAGUCAAAAAAUUAACCACGCUCUGGCUACAUUAAAGCUUCUGUCGGCCGCACUGUUUUAUCAGCGCUUUCCGUUCAAGGCCGCUGUCUACCCAGUCACUGACUGAACGCGUUACGUGUUUGAACGUGUUACAUCAUUUAAUUUGUAACUGUGGUGUAAGCAAAAGUGAACGCCCUGCUUGUGAUUUGCACAAAAGAGAAGCAGCGUGCAGAAGUUCGUGUUAUUUUUUUUAUUUAUUUAUUUUUUGUCGUCUGAGGGUGUACCCGCUGGCGAAAAAACUCACGGAAAAUCAUAAACAGAAGUGUUUGGAUAUCUGCAAACAUAGCCUAAUUCUGAGCGAUACUCUAAGGAUGGUGAAAGUGUCUUAAAAAGAAAUCAUUACUGUGACUGGUGACGAGACACGGAUUCAUCACACAAUAUGGAACGGAGACAUCCUCAUUCACCGACCGAGAAAAAGUUAAAAAGUCUAAACCAUCAGCUGGAAAAUCCAUCAACGCUUAUUUUAUUGGACGCAAUUAUUGGAACAUCAUCAGGAGAAAGGUUCAACAAUCAACAGAGCUCGUUACAGUGAGAGCUCGUAAUACCCCUAAGCUUCGUAUUAAAAGCAGCGAGAUCACAGUCAUCCUCAUGACUAUUCACAUCUGUACACAUCUGCCCACACUGUCAACACUCAGGUGUUAAAGCGUCCUCCCUAUAGUCCUGAUCUCACUCUAUCAGACUUUCACCCGCCUGGUCCCCUGAAAGCAGCCCUACGAGGACAGAGGUUCACUUUUGAUGAAGAAAUGAAGACAGCAGUGCAUUCGUGGCUCGCAGCUCAGCAUAAAACAUUUUUAUUCUAGAAAUACGAAAGAACAUUGAAAGUGUGAAAAAUAAUGUUUAGAAAAUUUGUCUUUUCUAAAAGUUCAUUAAAAUAAAUUCCACAGCGAAAGUGAGGAUAAUUUUUGACUCACCCUCAUAUAUCAGUUAUGGAUUUCUCAAUGAUUGCUUUUGUUGGGAAAAUACUACCAAAGAAUAAGAUUAUGACUUUCAAAGAUUUGUUUUUGUUUUUUGUUUUUAACUCAAAGAUUAGAAAAUAAUUAAGGGAUAUUAUGUGGAAAGGGCUGAAGAAUUAAAUUAAAUUCAGAAAUUAAAUUUUGGAUGAAAAAAACUCUUUAAAGAUGAACCAGUUGUUUAGUCGAAUAAGAGGAAAAUAAAACAAAAAGCAUAAACAUCUAAUAAAGAUUAUCAAAAAGCCGUAUUUGUUUAUUUGGUUAUAUACAAUGUUGCGAUAACGUGUGUCUUUCUGAACUGUUACUUUGUAACAGUUUUUUAUUAAAAGUAUUAACUUAUGAAUAAAAAAUACUUCUAGAUAAGCUUUCUUCUUAAAACUUUCUUUUUUUUUUCUCCUCUCGGGAUCUCUCCCCCGGCUCCAAGUGAGAUCUGUUUUUAGCAUUAGCUCUUAAACACUAGACUUUUUGUCCUAAUUCUACUUCAUCCAGCUGAGUGUUUCUGUACUCGGUAACGCACAGACGCACAAACUCAACUAAUAGGAUGUCAUUUCACACACAAGGACGCAUCGCUAAAUUACAUCAUGCUUUACUUUUUUUUUUUUUUUUUUUAAACAUGUUUCGUAUUUGUCCAAAGUUUCAUUUCUUGGUCUUGAACAGAAUAAUUCGAGACCGAUUCACGUAGAUGCAAUAAGAAGACACAGUCUCUAGAAAUAAGAAAAACACAUACACAUAUUACAAACUCUUUGGACCAAAAAAAUAAAAGGAGUUGCAUCCAAAAACAACAGUGCUUUAUAUUGUGAUGUUGAGAUUUCAUGCUUUAGCUUUGAGCGAAACUCAAUACUGACUCUCCUGCGUUCCAAACUGACGAUCUGUUCAUUGAACCACUUUGACGGUUCUGUUAAAUCAGUAACGCCUCCUUUUUUUUUUUUUGCCACACAACUUUUUGCACCCAUCCAAGUAAAAAUGGGUGCUAAAACUUAUUGGAACUCAAAACAUUCCUAGCUUUCUGACUUUACAAAAUUAAAAGAGAGCCGAAACCAAGUAUUAAAUGAGACUUAUUUUUCCCCUUUGAGACGCUUCACGAGACUAAAAUAAAACCUGUCUUUAUGCCGCACAGUCCAUUUCCAGACAGAUGUUUCUUUAUCACUUCCUUUUUUAAAUACUAAUUUUAAAUACAUUGUGUAAUCCUGUACUGUGUGCUCAGUUUAUUACGGCUGUUUUUACACUUGGCGUAUUUAUUUUUACCCCCAGCGCGUGCUUGUCAUGUUAUCCCGCAGGAAUCAGCUGAUUUUAAAAGGCGCUGAUAAAGAUGUUUUUUGUUUAUUUCGGUCACAUUAGCGCUCUCAAAAGUUAAAACAAAUUGUGUGUGUGUGGAGAAGCAACAUGCUGGUGGUACAGCGAAGACAAACAACCUUCCCAUCUUUCUUAUUGCAUCUGAUUACAGAGCGAGCUGAGGCCAAGUGUGAAAACAACCUGUGUGUGUGUGUGUGUGCGCGCGCGCGCUUUCUGACUCGCACGACAUUCAUGGUUUACCGUAGCUCUUCUAUCAGGACCAAACGCAGUCUUGUACGAGUUGUGUAGCACUUCGCCUGUAUGGACACUUUCAGUUUCAUGU